AAGUGAAGAGUGAGAAUGAAGCGUGGUUGAAGUUGGAAGUUUUCUUUACCAGUUCAGAUUUAAAUAUUAUUAUUAUUUUUUAAAGUAAUAUUUAUAAUUUUUGACAUGGCUGCUCCAGAACCUUUAAUUGCAGGAUGGAAUACUACUGAUGGUAUCUUCCUUCGUUACGGCGCACCAAAAUACUGUGAAGUUGAAGAGUUUAAAAAAUGUGCUACUAAAUGUCGGACAAUGGCAUUUAGCGGAGAUGGAAAAUUCCUUGCCUGGAAUGAUGGAAGAGUUGUAUAUAUUGCAUCCAUUCCAUCCUGUAACAUAAAGUUUACCAUUAAUAAACCCAGGACGUCUUGUAUUCAUUUUUCUCCACAAGGAAAUUUUAUAGCAUUAUGGGAAUCAUAUACAGCAUCAAAAGAACUGCCGCAUGGAAACCCGAAUCUUGAUAUUUGGAGUGUUAAAGAAGAAAAAUUAUUACAUUCAUUUAUUCAAAAAAAGCAAUCAAAUUGGAAACCUCAAUGGUCGGAUAACGAAGAACUUUGUGCUAGAAAUGUAAGCAACGAAAUUCAUUUUUUUGAAGACAAUAAAUUUGAUAAAAUAACUAAGAAAAUGUUUGCUCAGAAAGUUUCUUCAUUUACUUUAUCACCUGGAACUUCACCUUAUCACGUAGCAUCAUAUACACCGGGAGUUAAAGGACAGCCUUCGUUUGUGACGUUGCAUCGAUAUCCCAAUUUUGAAGGCAACAGCUCCGUAAUCGCUAGGAAAAGUUUCUACAAAUCAGAUUUCGUAGAUUAUUAUUGGAACAAUUCAGGUGAUAGCAUAGUAGUAAUGGCAAGUACUGAUGUGGAUAAAUCUGGAGCUUCUUACUAUGGAGAACAAGCUUUGUAUUUUAUGUCAACGAAUGGUGAUUCAUCUAUGAUUAAAUUAUUGAAAGAUGGACCUAUAUACUCAAUAGAAUGGAGUCCAUUAAGUAAUGAAUUUUGUGUCGUUUAUGGAUCUAUGCCAGCAAAAGCUACAAUAUUCAAUAAGAAAUGUGAACCAGUUUAUGAUUUUGGUACUGGACCUAGAAAUGCCGUUUAUUAUAAUCCACAUGGACAUAUGCUAAUUCUUGCCGGUUUUGGCAAUUUGAGAGGAAAUGUGGAAGUUUGGAGUCGAGCUGGUCAGAAAAUUGUCACAAUAAGUGCAAGUGAUACUACUUUUUUAUCCUGGUGUCCUGAUGGCGAGCACAUAAUGACUGGAACAGUAUCUCCUCGAAUAAGAAUCGGAAAUGGGUAUAAAAUAUGGCACUAUACUGGGAGUUUAUUACAUGAAUUAAUGUGCGAUAUUGGUUCAGAAAUGUGGGAUUUAUGUUGGCAACCGUUUCCUCCUGGUACUUUCCCAAAGAAAACUCUUUCUCUACAACCUAUUCAUGGUAUACAAUCAUCACAGCCUGAAGCUUCAAAACAAGUGUAUCGACCUCCAGCUGCCAGGGGUCAACCUUCCACUAUUAAGUUGCGUGAAGAUUAUGAACCUCCCUCAGAUUUAAAGCCCAAAAUUAAUAUUCCAAUUGAAGGUUUAUCAAAAUCUGCUCUAAAAAACAAGAAAAAGAAGCAAGCUAAAAAAGCAAAGAAAGAACAAGAAAAGGGAGAAACUGUUGAUGACGAUGAAAAAGAAGAAAAAGUAGCCGACAGCAUAAUUCAUCCUUCCAUUGAAAAUGUAUUUAGUGAGGAUCCAGAAAAAAAUAAAAAGAUCAAGAAUCUUACAAAGAAAUUAGAUCAAAUUUCUAAGUUAAAAGAACAGCAGAGACUUGGAAAACCACUUGAAUUAAAUCAGGUUAGUUGUAAAUAG